UCCGGGAAAGGGAAUCGCACAGGCCUCGCUCAGGUGACAGCUGGUCGGGGCAGUGCCGCCGGCCCCGUGAGGGUGCAUGGCCUGCUCUCUGCUGUCGCCUGUUUUUACCACCUCCCAAACCCUGCCCCGGGGCGGAACCAAAGAAAGGUCAGGCCAGGCUGCCCCGCCUAUCUUCGUCCUGGGGCUGUCCUGGUGAGGGGCUCACUUUUAGAAUUGACUUUAGCCACGUGUAGCUUCUUCCAUGGCUGCGUUGCAGGCCCCGGGGGAGAAGAUUAAUAUCCAGGCAGGAGAAACGACCAAGGUCGAGGACAGGGACCCGCUGGGGAACGUCUGGGCUGAGCAGGACAGGCUUCCACAGCGUUCCUGGAGACAGAAGUGCGCUUCCUAUGUGUUGGCCCUGAGGCCCUGGAGUUUCAGUGCCUCGCUCACCCCUGUGGCCCUGGGCAGUGCCCUGGCCUACAGAUCCCAGGGUGCCCUGGAUCCCAGGCUCUUGGUGGGUUGUGCCGUGGCUGUGCUGGCUGUGCACGGGGCCGGCAAUUUGGUCAACACUUACUAUGACUUUUCCAAGGGCAUUGACCACAAAAAGAGUGAUGACAGGACUCUGGUGGACCGAAUCUUGGAGCCCCGGGAUGUUGUUCGAUUUGGAGUCUUCCUCUACACCUUGGGCUGUGUCUGUGCUGCUUGCCUAUACUACCUGUCCACUCUGAAACUGGAGCACUUGGCCCUCAUCUACUUUGGAGGCCUGUCUGGCUCCUUUCUCUACACAGGAGGAAUUGGAUUCAAGUAUGUGGCACUGGGAGACCUCAUCAUCCUCAUCACUUUCGGCCCACUGGCUGUGAUGUUCGCCUACGCUGUCCAGGUGGGGUCCUUGGCCAUCUUCCCUCUAGUCUAUGCCAUCCCUCUGGCCCUCAGCACGGAGGCCAUUCUCCAUUCCAACAAUACCAGGGACAUGGAGUCUGACCAGGAGGCUGGCAUUGUCACGCUGGCCAUCCUCAUCGGACCCACCUUCUCCUAUGUGCUCUACAACACGCUGCUCUUUCUGCCCUACCUGAUCUUCAGCAUUCUGGCCACGCACUGCAGCAUCAGCCUGGCGCUGCCCCUGCUCACCAUCCCCAUGGCCUUCUCCCUUGAGAGGCAGUUCCGCAGCCAGGCUUUCAACAAGCUGCCCCAGAGGACAGCCAAGCUCAACCUCCUGCUGGGGCUUUUCUACGUCUUUGGCAUCAUCCUGGCACCAGCAGGCAGUCUGCCCAGACUCUGAGGAGGCUAUCAGCUCCUACCACAGCACAGCCCCUCCUUAGAAUGUGCAGACCCAGAGACUGAGAAGGGGCGCCACUGGCCAGGGUGGGUGCUCAUCAUGGGCUGCCAACUCCUGCCCUUAUGUGUUAGCAUUAUCUUCGUAAAGAUAAUCUGCUUGUGAUUUGUUUCCUCGUUAUGGGGAGCCCUGAAACCACUGUAGUGUCUGAAGAUGGAUUACACAUACUGUCCUUGUAUUAUUUAUAAUCUCCACUAGAGGGUGUUGUCAGGCCAAGUUAGGAUGGAAGGCCCAUCUCCCCCUUGUUCUCAACAGAACGCCCUAACAAUUUAUGAAGGAGCUGUGUCCCAGAAGAGCUACAGUGACGAGAGACAGUACUGCCCUGUUACCUUGGCACAUAGGAAAUGGUAAUAAUUGGUGCCAGGUCCCAUUAACAUGGAGCACCUGUCCCCUGAACGUGCUGCCUGCUAGAGAAAGUCCCUCAUUAACAACCAUGUGGCUCCCGGCUUUUUGCCUGGUGGUGGGUGGUUCAGACAUUUCUGUCCUUCAUCUCUCCUUUCCCUCAUCACCACUGUUGAGGAAAAUGUCAGCUCACCCUGCAGCAAGACAGUCAAGCCUGAGGCGGCUGAGGAAAGCAGUGUGCUUUCAGUAAAACGUGUUGGGGGCUGCAUCCCCCUGUAGAAUCCACUAGGAUGACAGUAAUUAUUGGGACCCGAAGUAGUAGUGGCAUUUAAAGCCCAUAGGCCUUGUCUCCUCCCAGCUGCUUCCCCUGGUACUCCUCUUGCCUACCCUGCAUUUCUGUCCUUCCGUUUCCCAGUCCCCAGACUGGGCAACAGUGAUGCAUGAGUCAGGGACACUUGUCCGCAUCUACAGAGCCACAGGAUGGGCAAAGCAGGGGCCUGUUGAAGCCAAUGGACAGCAGUCCUGGCCCCACUCAGCCAGAGUAGUGAGAAGUCCUGCUGGUGAAAGAACUAUGAAAUACGGUUCCCUCCUCUCCCUACGCUUCUGUUGUCUCAUUCAGACAGAGGGUGGUUUCAGUGAGGUCACAUCCAAGGGACCAAUGGUGUCUCACUCCCUCCCGUCGUACACUUGGAAGUGUGACGUCUGCACUGAGGUCACCCUCUUGCAUUGAGAUGGUCACAUUCUCAUUGUGCUCUACUCUGUGAUCAGCUGUCCUGGAGGGCAGUGCAGGGUCUUGGCCUGCAGAAAAUGACUGAGUUAGCAGUAGGUCACUUCCUUGAGAAAAAUAGAUUUAAAAAUUGCCCAGAGUUCUUCUGAAGUCAGCUUUGUCUAAAAGAAAACCAGGGUCCCUGAGCUUGGAUGGGGUCCAAAAUUCUUGGAAAGGAGCACUCCUUUCCUGUUCUUCCUAGCACGCCAGGUUUGUGGCAUUUGGUGCUUUUGAGGGUCCUGCCUUUGAAGAAGCACCUACAACCCCUGCUUGGGGCUGACUGCUGUCACCUAGAGGACCAGUGGCUCUCACUGUCCAGGCCUGACACAUGGCUACUCUCAUCAGAACUGUGUCAGCUGCUACAUCAUGCUCUGGUACAGAUUUUAAUGCCUAUUUUUAUAUAUGAUCCCCAGAGGCCAUAUUUGGUGCCACAUUUUAUAUACAGGCCAUUAUAAUUUAUAUUAUGUCUUCUGAUUUAAUGAAGGUUUCCUGUAGAUUUGUUAAUUAAAAUAUGAGAAAAUGUC